GUUGGCCGUGCGUUUCAGGCUCCGGAUGGUGACGUCACGGCAGGAGGGAGCGGCUUAUUUUUGAAAAAGUUAGCGGCAUCUAAACGGCUUGAAGAGGAGAGACGGAUGACGGUAGCCUGGAGGUGAGACAUCUGCUCCAUUGACCCCUUCGCCUGAUCACACGUGGCUGCCGUUAUGGAUAAUCUUACAUUUCCUCAGUUUCCUGCACAAGAGUUGGUAAACUUUUUCCGCCUGAAGGUUCUGACCGGUGCUGAAGCAAAAAUUUUUACCAAAAACGACACUUACCCCAACCCCAAGCCAGAAUGGGUCCAGAAGCUCUUCAUGAGGGUCCUGCAGAAAGUGUUCAAUAUUGGAAUAGAACAGUUUUAUGUAGUACCGGUGGGUUUAGAUUCUCAGUACCCGCAUCUCAUGGAAGGUUUCGCUCCUGUGGCCUUUAUUCUGAAAUUCGUGGACCGUCUCUUACCGCUGUGCCUCAUAUAUGACUUUCACCCAUCUGAUGUCCUGAAUCCAAAAGGAAAGCGAACCCUCUUCUUGUUGAGUGGAGUUGUAAACUUUCUGCAUUUCAGGGAAGACCGGAAAAUGGACUACAUAUCCUUCUGUUCAAGCUAUAAAUCUGCUUUGGAGAAUAUAAGCCAACAGCAGAAGACAAAUCAGGAGUUGGAGGCGAAAAUUGAGAAACUUACGACCGUCCCACCUGAACAACAAGCAGAGUUCAAAGCUCUUUCCAGUGAUAUUCAUGACCUGCAGCAAUCCAUAAGCCAGGAAUAUCGUGCAAGAGAUCUGGUCCUUCAAGAAAAGAUUGCUCAUCAAAAAGCUGACCUUGCUGAAAAAACUAAGAAACUGAAUCAGCACAAGCUUACUAUUGCCACCAUGAAGGAAGAACAAGAGAGCAUGAGAUCUCAGAUAGUGGAAUCUCCAGAACAACGCAAGAAUAAAACAGAGAGGAUGAAAGAAAAUGUCCACAGACUGAAGCAAGCAAAGCAAGAAACCAGUGAGAAAUGUGAUCAUUAUCGGGAACGAGUGACCAUGUCCUCUCUGUGGCAGUCAGAUGUGCAAGCGUAUAAUAAGAAGCUACAUGGCAUUGAGGCCAACCUGGAGGUUUACAGGAAGACCCUUGAAGAGGCUAGACAAAAGGAGGAACAAAUCAUGAAUAAAAACCUGGAGCUGAAAUCCUUAGCUAACGAAGAAAUCCAGUUAAAAAGAACUGUCCAGAUAAAGAAAGAGAAACUUGCAAAAAUGGAUAUUAAGAAUCAGAAGAAACUAGAGGACUUUGAACAGCGAAAAAAUGAGAUCUUACAGAUCUGUAGCCAUGUUCAAGAAAAGAGACAGGCUGUGCAUGAACGGGUGGCUCAUGUUCUUCAAGAAAUCCAGCAAACAGACGUUAUGAGAGAACAGCUCCUUGAAACUUCAGAACAGGAGAAGAAAAAAUGUCAGGACGUUAUGACAGGCUUUAGAAAUGCACUGGAGAAAUACCAUGACAAUCUGCAAAAAGCAUCUGACCGCAACGCUGAGCGGAGAAGAGAAAAAGUAGCAGAGCUGAAUCGGAGGCUGAGCCGACGAUAAAAAUUUACAGUCUGUAUUGUCUGUUUUUAUUUAUUUUUGAUAAUAUUUUUUUUUAAU